UCGGAGCACGGAGGAGAGGGAGGAAAGCGGGCGGGCAGGCAGAGCUGGCUCCCGCGAAGCGGAGCCUUUAGGGAUUUCUCGGCGGAACCAGGCGCGGAAGGGAAGGGAGUGUGCGGGGCUGAGUGUGUGUGUGUGUGCGCGCGCGCAGAGCAGCCGCCGGGGAGUUGCGUCUUCCUUUGCCGAGGGAAUAUGCUGCUGCUGCUGCUGCGGUGGUUGCUGGCCUCCCGUUGCCAAACGGUGCCUGGAAGCCACGAGCGGUGGACGCAGCCCUCGGCGGCUUCUAGCCGAGGAGGACCGUAGCGAGCGUUUCUCCCUUCCCGGCCGCAGCUUCCUUUCCUCUCUCUCCGCCCGCGGAUGCUGUAGCUGCUUUUCGCUUCUCCGCCUCUUCCUGGGGAUCAUGGAGGAAUCUCGGUCUGGCAUCCUUGCGGAGAACCUGCCAAGCGGCGGCAGCAGCAGCGGCGGCGGCCAGGAAGGUCCGAUCUUGGCCUGAGGAGACCCAAGCUACCCUCCCCACCUUCUAGCGUAUUCCCUGAUGCCAAGCUGAGAUUUGUACCAAACAAAAAUGCAUUGCAACAGCAGUGUGUAGUACAAGGAGCAGUUGGACUCUGCCUGGAGAUGAGGUGCUAACUGGAAGCCUUUGCCCCUUUUCCUUGUAUCUUUUUUACUGGUUGCUAUGGAGACCAAGGAAGAAAAAAAAGAACGAAAGCAAAGCUACUUUGCCCGUUUGAAAAAAAAGAAGCUUGCUAAACAAAAUACAGAUGUGCCACCUCCAAACACCUGUGGAACUCACACCUGUAAAACUCAGACUGGAAAAAGUGAUGGGAGCAAAAUCAUUUUAGAACAGACAAGCAGUCCUCAAGAAAACUACAAGCAUUCUGCAGAAAAAGAGGAUUAUGAGAAAAAAAAGAAAAAGAGCAGUCAACCAAAGGAUAUUAGGCGAACUGAUCUUAAACGAUACUACAGCAUUGAUGAUAACCAAACCAAAACAAAUGAGAAGAAAGAAAAAAAAAUGGUCACUCAGAAACCCCAGGGUACAAUUGAGUACAUGGCUGGAAGCCAAGACACCUUAAACAGCAUAGCCCUGAAGUUUAACAUAACUCCAAAUAAACUUGUGGAACUCAAUAAGCUUUUCACACACACAAUUGUUCCAGGCCAGGUACUAUAUGUGCCAGAUACUUCAAGAGUAAUUUCCUCAAGUUCUGGUAUUCCUGUUUCACCUUCAUCAUCAGAUGCAGAAUACGAUAAGCUUCCGGAUGCUGAUUUAGCCAGAAGGGCUUGCAGACCACUUCAGAGAGUUACAUCGUCCACCUCAGAGGAAGAUGAACCUGUGUAUAAGUUUUUAAAAAUGAAUUGUCGUUACUUCACAGAUGGCAAGGGAGUUGUUGGAGGGGUCAUGUUAGUCACUCCCAACACCAUAAUGUUUGAUCCUCACAAGUCAGACCCUGUUGUCAUUGAGAAUGGCUGUGAAGAAUACGGGCUCAAAUGUCCCAUGGAGGAGGUAGUUUCGAUUGCCCUCUACAAUGAUAUCUCUCACAUGAAGAUAAAAGAUGCCCUUCCAUCCGAUAUUCCAAAGGAUCUUUGUCCUCUGUACAGGCCCGGUGAAUGGGAAGAUCUUGCCUCUGAGAAGGACAUCAAUCCUUUCAGUAAAUUUAAAUCCAUGAACAAAGAAAAGAAGCAACAGAAACCAGACAGUUUUGUUGCUCCUAAUUCCAGACCAAUAAAAUAUUCAGACAAAGAGAAGUCUUCAGAUUUCAAAUUCCUGAAGCCUUCUGCAAGUCCUCCCCUAGUCACAUCCGGAUCAGUAGAAACACCAAAGGACUCUACUACUCCUGAGUCUUCAGAACAGGUGACUUUGAAAACUUAUACUGCAGAAUGUUCUGCAUCAAAUAUAACUUCGGACUUAACCAAAGACAAUUCCCUUCUGGAGGAAGAUGGCUUUAUUGAGGUAGACAAGACCUCAUUGCAGAUUGAUAGUAAAAUAGAUUGUAGUGAUGCUGGAACAGUUGAUCUUCAUACGGAUCAUUGCAAGACAAAAAAGGAGGUUCAGUUGCAAGCAAGUAACAAAGACAAUUAUGAGCAACCAGUGUUAGAUUCAUCUGGGGUAAAGCAUAAAUUCUCUAAGGAUGAUCUAGAUUUAGACACCUGUGAAAAGCUGGAUGCGAUGCCUGAAAUGAACAAGGGUGGAAGUUCACCAACUAAUAAAAUAGAGAUGAACUUGGAUGCAAACAAAGAGUUGAAUAAAGACAAGCUUAUUGAAUUUUAUCUCAAUCAUGAUAAAGAUGAACCAUUGCCUAUUGAUUACUUACCUAAGGAUGUAGUCAAGGAAGAAAAGAACAAUAUGCCUGUGGGCAUAGACCUCACACUUAGCUCUUCAAAAUCCCAAUCCACUGAAGUUCUUUCUGUCAAAAAGGAAGGACUUGAAUCCUGUUCUGUUGUAAGAAAUGAGCCUUUGUUGGAAGCUGGCCCAGUAGCAGCAGAGAAAAAAACAUGUGCAGGAUUAGAUACUCCUUUUUUGACAUCUCAUCUAGAUAAGAACUCUGAAGUCAGACUGUGGCUGUUGCAGAGAGUCCAAGUGCCCAUUGAAGAUAUGCUUCCUUCAAAAGAGGAAAAAAGCAAGACCCCACCAAUGUUUCUGUGCAUCAAAGUGGGCACACCUAUGAGGAAGACUUUCAUUUCCCAGUCAGCUGUGAUGGAUCAACAAUAUCAUAAAAGACGAAAGCAACCAGAAUACUGGUUUGCUGUCCCUAGAGAAAGGGUAGAUCAUCUGUAUACCUUUUUUGUACAGUGGUCUCCAGAUGUAUAUGGCAAAGAUGCUAAGGAACAGGGUUUUGUGGUGGUGGAAAAAGAGGAGCUUGACAUGAUAGACAAUUUCUUCAGUGAACCUUCAACAAAAAGUUGGGAGAUUAUAACUGUAGAAGAGGCAAAACGCCGACAGAGUGUCUGCAGCUACUGUGAAGAUGAUGGUGAAGAUGAUGCUUUGCCUACCUUAAAAAACCAAAGUGCGCUUUUAGAAAACAUGCAUGUGGAACAGCUUGCUCAGUCCCUCCCAGCUCGAGUGCAGGGAUAUCCAUGGAAGCUUGUCUACAGUACACAAGAGCAUGGAACCAGCUUGAAAACUCUGUAUCGUAAAUCAUCUUCUCUUGAUAGUCCAGUUUUAUUAGUCAUCAGAGACAUGGACAACCAGAUAUUUGGGGCAUACGCAACUCAUGCUUUCAGACUUAGUGACCACUAUUAUGGUACUGGAGAAACUUUUCUGUACACAUUCAAUCCUAUUUUCAAGGAUUUUAAGUGGAGUGGAGAAAACACCUAUUUUAUCAAUGGAGAUGUCACUUCUUUAGAAUUUGGUGGUGGAGAUGGCAAAUUUGGAUUAUGGUUAGAUGCUGAUUUAUAUCAUGGUCGGAGCAACUCUUGCAACACAUUCAACAAUGAUAUCCUGUCCAAAAAAGAAGACUUUGUUGUACAGGAUCUGGAAGUAUGGACUUUUGAAUGAUCUUGUUGCCUUAAACAAAUGGACUUUGCUUUCCUGAGCACCCAGUGGACAUCAAAAAGUGGAAUGUAAUUGUUUUGUGAUAGAAUAGCCCUGGAAGACAGGCUGGUCUAAUGGUUAUACAAGAUUUUGAGGCAAAAAUGGGAGAGAUUGGUUUAUACUAAAAAAGGCAAUUUAGUUAAUAACUUAUUCUUGUCCUGCUACCAUUUCUGCAGUAUGAAUGCAAGAUGUUUAUGGAAGACAAUUGUGAUGUGUGUGUAUAUAUGAGCUUGUUUAAAAAGUAUCUUUUUUUUUUUUUGUAAUUGUGAAAGAAUAUUGUGGAAAAACAUAGAGCUGUAUAGUAUAUUCUCUGCGUAUUUUUAUUCAGUGAAAGUGAAAACCAAAAAGAGGGAAUAGUUGCAUUACCAAAUUCUACAGUGGUAGUUUACUUGACAGAGUAGUAAUUGUGUAUACAGCACUUAAAGAUAUUUUUAAGUAUAUUUAUUGGUUGUAAAAUAUAUUACUAGGCCCGUUUUUCUUUUAAUAUUUCAAAUGUCAGAAUUCCUAGAAAGAUUUAUCAUUUGAAGUAAUAUCUUAAAACAGUGGUGGAAAAAAAUGAUUUCUUAAUUGUUUUUAUAUUUUGUUUUUUAAUUUUGUAAAAACAUCUUAGUUAUUGGUUGCAAUUAGUUUUGGGAUCUUGUUUUUUGACAGAACACAUUAUUCUGGAUUAUUUCAAACAGGUGCAUUGCUAGAGCCCUUUGUUAUUCUUUCAAUUGGAGGAUAUGUUCAGAGAGAGAGAGAGAUUCUGUUUUUAAUUGGUUGUUAGUUAGGAUAGAAAUGCCUUUGGAUAAUGAAGUCAUAUAGUUUGAAGCAGAAAGUGAACUUUUAAGUAAUUCCUUGCACAUUACUUAAAACCUUUGCUAGAAAAAACCAUUAGCACUGUGUAGCCCUUCCUUACAUUAACUUUUCAAAAAAAUUGGAUUACCUGAAUAUGUUCAAUAUUUUGUUUUUUAAGCAAAAUAACUAUAUUUCUUUCUUGUUAAAAAAUCUAUUUGGACCACAUUUACAUAUAACUAAACAUUUAGUGGGAGACAUAGCUGGGAAUAUUCAUUCGUUUGAUAAGAAUUGGGCUACAAAUUAAUCCAAAAUGUUUUUCUGUUUUUGUGCUUCUCUCUAUUGUAAACGCUGUUCCUAAAGUUUAUAGCAGAAGAUUUGGUGUCGUUGACAUUUCUUUUAAAAAAGUCAAAUUAAGUUGACGUGAGUAGGGAUUUUUUUUUAAAAAAGUGUACUUCGGUGCAAGUGUUGAUCCUACUCUUUGUCUGCAAUGUUUUAGGUACCUUCACCAAGCAUCUGUGCAAAAUCCAUCUAGUCUGUCAGCUUGUUAUUAAAGCUUGGUGCUUUUUAGCAAUGUCGCAUUCACAUUAUUUUCAGCUAACAUAGGAAUAAUCAGGAGUAGACAUAAAUAUAUUAGAAUCAGUCCAAGGUUGAUGAAAUUGUGUUUUCAUUCUUUCACUUUAUAUGAACUGAUUAGAUUGCAAAAAAUAAUUGUACUUUCCUAUUACCUUUUAUGUGCAGAAAUUAAAGGGAAUUUAGCAAUUGAAUCUUAAGCUUAUUGUAUAAUUUACUACCUGAUAUAGUGAAGUGUUUACAAAAUGGUGUAUAUAAUCACAUAGGGCAAAACACACAUCGGUUUUGGAGUAUGUAGUUGCAAAGGAAAAUAUGUUGGUAACAGAAGCUUGCUGCAGCAUGUACAUAAAGCAGAGUAAAUUGCAUCUAUCACAUGUACUGUACAAACUUAAUCCUCCAGCACAGAAGUAAUAGCCUUGGUUUUUAGCCUUACGAUAUAUGCUAAGACCUGGGACAGUAGUUUUUUGCAUUUCUUUCCAAUAGAUAUUCUAACCAUCCAUUUUACUGAUAGAUCACAACUAUAACAACGAGCUGCUAUUACCUAACACACUGAAACACUUAAGGAUGAUUGAAAGAUAGUUUUACUAAGAGAUGGGGCGUUUGCACAUUUCAAGCAAAAGAUUUUUCAUACCUGAACUAUCCCAGUCAUGUUACCUGCAAUUUAUUCAUUAUAGUUGUCAGAAACAUGUGUUAUAUAUUCCAAACAGUGUUGUCCUAUCAAAAUUCUAUGAUCCUUCAAAAACUGUGGAUAUUGAAUAUAUGUAAUGCAGUGCUACCGCAACAUUUUCAAAUAAAGGAAUUAAGCAUUCCUGUG